AUGGCACAGCACCUGGAGGCUGGGGUUCUCCUGAUGAGAGAGUCCAGUGAAGGAGUUGGUGCAUUUCAGCCCCAAGAUUUCCUGUUGUGUGAAAACGACCAGCCCAUGCAGAUAGCAGGUUCACUGUACCACAGCCUGCAUAGCCCAACGUUUCCAGGGAUGAUGCUAUACUCAUAAUAUAUAGCUUAUACUCAUAAUAUAUAGCCUACGCAGUAUUCAUACUUGAGUCAUACGCACAGUGCAAAAGUCAAGCUGAAUGCAAACACAGCAAACCAAAUGCAAAUAGCCACAAUCAAAAACAGAAGAUAAUAACAAAAAAGGGGUAUUUCUAUGUUCUACCUCAAGCCACAGUCAUGAUCUGCACCCUUAUAUGGCAAGUUUGGUAACCCCUAACUCACAUGUUCAAACCCCCGUGACACACACGUCCUCUGAACUGCAAACAGGUGUUGAGCAACCCAACAGACUGCAAAGACAACAGCAAACAUCCAUGGGUUAGAAAGAGCUGUUUUGUAAGACUGUACAAUAGAGGAGCCAACCAACUUUGAAUGUGACUUGUUUACGAAAGGAACGUUUUUUGGAUGUUCUAAUUUUCUCCCAGGUAAACAGUGAAGUUUCCCCCUCAUCUCAUCCUACCUCAGUGCCGCCCCAUGUCAACAUUCAGCAGGUCAUUGUAUCUUUCCUAUCAUGCUCAGCAUUGGAGAAAGAACCUGGAAUCAAAACCACAAUCACUUCAGACUCCUCACAGUCUGAUCAGUGACAGAAUCACCAGAUUGAGGCAGACAAAAAUCAAGCAGAGCCUGAGGACAGCGGUGGCCCGGUCUACAGUUGUUUCACUAUUGCACAUGGGAUACACAGUGACAAUUGAGAGAGACUUACCAACCACAGGCUACUUUGGAAGACUUUAUACAAGAGGGAAGGGUCCUGCAGAGCUUUCAACUACUAGUCUAUGAGAGGCAAGUGAGUAUUCUGCUGCUACAGUUGGCCUUGGGGUUUCAACACCUGUGCAGCAACGCAGCCACCUGCGCUGAGGGCACAGUGCAUCUUACUGGUAUGGCCAAGGGGUGA